CAAGAUUAGCUUUAAAGAAUUUCUACCAUUGAUAGUCGAUAUCAGGUACAUUGGUACAAGCAAUCUUGAGCAGUUUUGCACAAACCCCCAAGCUCUACUGCCCGUCUCUGAAGCACCCCUCAAUUUCUGGACCUCGAGCUGCAGCUACCAGCACACUGCAUAUUUCAUCCACAUCUGCGCCUCAACCAAGCAUUACAACGACGGGAUACGCUUUUGAGAACAGCCCCUCGGAAACCGGACCUCAUUCGUAUUCGCGCUGCAGGCCUGAAUUAGGGCUUCGUUUCCAUUCAGGGCGCGAUCUAGAUCUAGAGCCACGAAACAAACAUAAGGAAACAUCUCCUUCCACCCGCCGCCCCCAAUGUCUGCAGGCGUAUUCUCUCUAGGUCCAGGUCCCAAAGACCUCGCGCGGCAGAUCCUCGAGCAUCAAGCUCCUCAAUACAAAUUCGGAUUCUCUCCAUUCCUCCUACAGACAUACCGUCAUGGCAUCGCUCCAGACCGUCCGGUAUGCAAAGCUUACCUGCAAGGCCACUGUCCGCUCGGGACGGCGUGUCCAGACAGACACACAUCUGCGAACAGCUCUUCGAAUUUCGGAAAUCUAGUCUGCAAGCAUUGGCUAAGAGGAUUAUGCAAGAAGGGCGAGAGUUGCGAGUUUCUUCAUGAGUAUAAUCUACGGAAAAUGCCGGAAUGUAACUUCUUCGUCAAGAAUGGAUAUUGCUCUAAUGGAGAUGAAUGUCUAUACCUCCACCUUGACCCCUCAUCCAAACUGCCUCCCUGCCCACACUACGAGAAAGGAUUUUGUCCUCUUGGCCCUUCCUGUGCACAACGACACAUCAGAAAAGACCUCUGCCUCUUCUACCUCGCAGGAUUCUGUCCCGACGGCAAGACAUGCAAGAAUGCGCAUCCUCGUUGGCCAAAAGACCUUCCCCAGCCAACCGUAAAAAUCGAGAAGGACCCAGAAGAGUUGUUAGAAGAACAAGUUCGAGCCGCAGAAAGACUACAGAGACAAGAAGAAGAAGAGCGCGAGAAAUGGGGUGGAGGCGGUGAUCGAGACGGGGGAGGGGAGAGAGGAGGUAGAGGACGAGGACGAUGGCACGGAGGGGGUGGCUACGGUGGUGGACGGAAUCGUGGCGGGCGAGAGAACCGAAGGGGGAGGUAUCACGGCUGAUCAUCUAACGGGC